UAAACUGGCUCAGGAGCAUUGUCUCUUUAAAAAAAAUCACUUUUGGUUUAAUCACUUCCUCAAAUUUAUUAUCAUUUUUGGGUUUCUUGAUAAUCAUCAUGACACUUUGAGUGUGUGUGUGUGCAUUUCAAAGUUUACGAGGUCCUUCUGUGCCUGAGGCUGUAUAAUGUGUGGCCUCGGUGUGUGGCCCAGCAUACCUACCUAAAUAACUUACUAGACUCACGAAAGUUGUGAAGAAUUGUGAAUUUAAGCUGCAAUUUCAAGCUUCUUAGUUUAACUGAAUUUUUUUAAGUUUUGAUGAGGUCUUGUGUUUUGGGGAGAAGCCAGAGUACCUGGCGGAAACCCCACCAGUCCAGUAUGGUGACCUAACAAAACUCACAUUAUUUCGGGAACAGAGAUCUAAGUUGGGUCGCUUAGGCGAAAAGGGUGUGUACCAACCACUGCGCUUACUGACGUGGCAUAAUGGAUAUGGUGUCUGCUUAGCGACUGGGAGGUCACAGGUUGGAUCUCUACUGUGGGAGCGUUCUUUAUAUCUCCCCCCAAGACACUAAGUACUGGUUAUAGGCCCAGGAAACAGACCCAAUAGCAUUUCAAAUAAGCCUGAACCUUUCGAUGCAAUGGAGCUAAAAUAAAUAGGUUUAAACUAAACUAUCCGGAACGCCAUAAAGACGCCAAGAAGAAAUAUUUUGGCUAUCUUAAUACUCCUAGCAUAGCCCCCAGGGUCAAAAGGAGAACUGUGUAUUUUAAGCCCCAUAAUGGAAUCAGCUGUAACAGAAAGAGAUGAGAGUGGAUGUAAGAAGACCUCUGAGCUGGCAAUACAAAUCUUCAAUUCCAGCAACAAUCAGCACAGUGAAAUGGGAAAGUCUGAAAAGGAAACAAUAUAUACGGCUACAACACAGAAGGAAAAACGGCCGCCAAGAUCAGAAAGGAAGAGACGACGUCAUGAAGAACUUUUGCUUAGAAAGCGUGAAAACAGGAAGAAAAAGAAAAUGGAAAAGAAGGAAAGAAAAAGAGAACAUGCAGAAACACAAUCUGAUGAUGUAAAAUCAAAGGCUGGAAUGAGAUCUCGGGGAGAAGUUCGACAGCGCUGUGAAGAAGGCAUGAAGACCGGCCAGAUCAUCUGUAUUGACUGUAGUCUAGAACACCUGAUGAGUAGCAAGGAGAAAGGCAAGCUGGCCAUGCAAGUGGGUCGCCUGUACGGGUCCAACAGAAGGGCAGAUAAACCUGCCCAUAUCUACCUGACUGGCUUGAAGAAAGGGGGACAACUCUAUCAGGAAAUGGUGAACAAAAAUUCAGGAUUUGAAAACUAUCUGAUUGAUUUAGCUGAGAAGACACAUGUUGAGUUGUUUCCCUUGGACAGAAUUGUCUACCUUAGUCCAGACUCCUGCACCCCUCUUGAUGAUAUAGAUCAGGAGAAAAUCUAUGUCAUAGGAGGGCUGGUAGACGAAGGGAUCAAAAAGAAUGCCACACAAUAUCGAGCCCUAGAGGCAAACAUCCCUACAGCCCGACUACCCAUCCAGGAGCACAUGACCAGACUAGAUGGCAUGCCUACCUCACUGGUGCUUGCUGUCAAUCAAGUAUUCGAUAUUCUGCUCAACUUCACUAAAACACGUGACUGGAGUCAGGCGCUUGCAGUAGGCGUUCCGCGUCGGAAAGGCUUCGUCGCCCAUAGUAACACAUUAAGCAAUGAUCAAAGAGACGAUCAUAACAACACUCAUGGCGACGCACAUAUCAACGCCCAUAGUAAGGAAAAUAGCAACAACCAUAGCAACGCACAUGGAAACAAAGAAAGCUACACUCAUAGCAACGAGGUCACGUGACACGGAUGUUAUAACGUCUAGAAAUAAAUCUGUUAUAUUUA